GCUUUGUGAAUCUCGGUGUUCAGUGUUGCGUUUUCUAUGUGAAAAUGUCUUUUGUGGCUUAAAGCUUUUGAACAUUUUGCGAAGAUGAAAAGCAGCCCCACUCGUAAAUAUGAGAAUUUCUCAGACCAUCGAGGGAAGGAGAGCGAUAAGUACUCUCUAGACAGCCAGGAUACGGCGAGUUUGCAUUCGAGCCCUGAAGGUGGCGGGGGGAGGCGAGGCCUGAACGACGUGGGUCCUGGUGCCGGAGACAUGUGGAUCAGCGCUGUUGAGAGCUCCAUACUGGGAUGGGAGGAGGUGGCUGAACGCCUACAAGUGGACGUCAGGCGCGGUCUAACAUGGCGCGAGGCGAACGAUCGCAUGAACUUCGUGGGCGCGAACGAGUUCCAGGUGAAAGAACAGGAUCCGCUCUGGAAGAAGUACAUAGAGCAGUUCCAGAAUCCGCUGAUACUGCUUCUGUUAGGUUCCGCCGUGGUCAGCAUAUGCAUGAAGCAGUUUGACGAUGCAGUGUCGAUAACAGUAGCCAUCAUGAUCGUGGUAACUGUGGCGUUCGUUCAGGAGUACCGGUCGGAGAAAUCGCUGGAGGAGCUGAACAAACUCGUGCCACCUUCUUGUAACUGUCUUCGCGAGGGAAGCCUAGAACAUUUCCUAGCCAGGAACUUAGUGCCCGGCGACAUUGUUCACCUCAACGUAGGAGACAGAGUUCCAGCUGAUUUGCGUCUUUAUGAAUCUGCAGAUUUGGCUAUAGACGAAUCUUCCUUCACUGGGGAAACAGAACCGGCGGUUAAAAGUGUUCUGCCCAAUAAAGCGUCAGCGGGCAGGGUGAAUAAGGAUAAUAUUGCGUUUAUGGGGACUCUAGUGAGGUGUGGCAAUGCUAAGGGUAUAGUAGUCAGCACGGGUGAACGCUCCGAGUUCGGUGACAUAUUUCGAAUGAUGCAAGCGGAGGAAGCUCCCAAAACACCACUCCAGAGGUCCAUGGACACCCUCGGGGCUCAAUUAUCGCUGUACAGCUUCUGCAUCAUCGGCUUCAUCAUGGUGGCUGGGUGGUUGCAGGGCAAGGCCAUACAAGAGAUGUUCACAAUUGGAGUCAGUUUGGCGGUCGCUGCUAUCCCUGAAGGUCUGCCAAUAGUAGUCACUGUGACAUUGGCACUAGGUGUGAUGCGAAUGGCUAAACGGAACGCGAUAGUGAAGAAACUGCCCACUGUAGAGACUCUGGGCUGUGUCAACGUUAUAUGCAGUGAUAAGACUGGUACGCUAACAAAGAACGAAAUGACAGUCACAACUUUAUCCACUUCCGGCGGCCAUAUUGCGGAAGUCACCGGAUCCGGAUAUAGUCCGAAGGGAGAUGUGCAAUUGCGCGCGUACAAGGGUCGGGAUUUGGAUAUAGCUAGAAUGGGUGUUACUAGCAUGCUGGAGGUGGGUAUCCUCUGCAACAACGCGCACAUAAGGGACGACAUGCUAUACGGACAGCCGACAGAGGGCGCUCUACUCGCGUGCGCUAUGAAAAACAACAUGGACGACAUACGGGAACAAUAUAAUCGGCUCAAUGAGAUUCCUUAUAGUUCGGAAACAAAAAUGAUGGUAGUGAAGUGCGCGCCAAAAUUCAACGACGGCAAACACAAGGAAGAAGUGUUCGUAAAAGGAGCGAUCGAGAAGAUUCUACCCCUAUGUACUCAGUAUAUAGACAGCGCGGGGAACUAUGCGCCGAUGACAAGAGAGAAACAGGCAGACUUUCUCAACGAGGCAUAUAAUAUCGCUAGGAUGGGUCUCCGCAUAAUAGCCCUCUGCCGGGGUAACAGCCUGGAAUCUCUGACAUACACCGGAGUGUGCGGUGUGUGUGACCCGCCGAGAGAGUCCGCCCGUACUGCGAUAGCGGCCUUGAAGCGGGCGCAGGUGCAGGUGAAGAUGGUCACCGGGGAUGCUAGACCCACGGCGCUGGCUGUUGCACAAAUGGUCGGCUUGGACGUAUUACACUCGCAGUCGUUGUCCGGGGAACAACUGGACUCGAUGUCUGAUGACGAACUUGAUGGAAUUAUUGAUACUGUAAGCGUGUUCUAUCGUGUGACGCCGAAACACAAAUUGGCCAUUGUGAAAUCGUUGCAGAGGCUUGGAAAUAUUGUUGGAAUGACAGGUGACGGAGUAAACGACGGCGUGGCGCUAAAACGAGCGGAUAUCGGUAUAGCGAUGGGUCGUAACGGUACUGACGUGUGCAAGGAAGCCGCCGAUAUGAUACUCGUUGAUGACGACUUCGCUACUAUUAUAUCGGCAAUCGAAGAGGGCAAGUGCAUAUUCUACAACAUACGCAAUUUUGUCCGUUUCCAACUAUCGACAUCUAUAGCGGCGCUAUCGCUUAUCGCUCUCGCUACUCUUAUGGGCAUACCCAACCCGCUGAACGCUAUGCAAAUACUGUGGAUCAAUAUUAUUAUGGACGGCCCGCCGGCCCAGUCCCUGGGCGUGGAGCCGGUGGACCACGAGGUGUUGCGUCGCAAGCCGCGGGACACGUCGCGGCGGAUCAUAUCGCGCGGUGUUCUACUUUCCGUGCUUAUAUCCGCCGCUAUUAUUAUUGCGGGCACGCUGUGGGUGUUUAACCGUGAGAUGUCGGACAACAAGAUAACCCCCCGCGACACAACAAUGACGUUCACUUGCUUCGUGCUGUUCGACAUGUUCAACGCGCUGUCGUGUCGCUCGCAGACCAAGUCGAUAUUCCAAGUGGGACUGUUUUCUAACAAAAUGUUCUUGAUCGCCGUAUCGCUUAGUCUGGUCGGGCAAAUGUUGGUGAUAUAUUUCCCGCCGUUACAGAGGGUGUUCCAAACUGAAGCGCUCACUGGACAUGAUCUCAUAUUCCUAGUCUGCUUGACGUCGAGCGUGUUCAUCGUCAGCGAAAUUAAGAAGGUCGUAGAGCGCACACUGAAGAAGCGCGCCUUCCCAAAGUUCUCGACGAAGGCGCACGACGCGAUGGACUUUGUAUGACAGCAGCCCGAGACGAAGGCGGAGUAAGCGUGCUGGACGCGUGUCGGCGUGACACCUGUCACACUGACAGCUGUCACCGCGGCGCCCGCGCGCGACGCCUCCACACGUGUCAGGGUGACAGCUGUCAGAGCGGCACCUGUCAAACUGACAUGUGUCAAACUGUUAGCUGUCAAACUGACAUGUGUCAGGGGAAUGCGCGCGCGGCCACGUGUCUUGCUGACGCUCCGAGGGGCUGUGUUGUACUCGAUCUGAGGGAUGUUAAUGUCGGUGAUACACGGCAGAGCGUUAGAUUGUGCAAGCAUUUUCCGUUCCGCGGCUCGGCGGAGACAGAUGGGCGUAGAAUGAACGUUGAUGACGGUUGUCAUAUGACGGCGACGGGUGAGGCGGUGAGCGCGGUAUAUGACAACUGUCAUGCGAACGUUACAGAUGGAAUGAAGGGGGAAGUGACAUUUGACAAUUUUCAUAUGAACGUGACGGAUGAGCAGGUGGUAGGCGUCUUUAAUGACGAAUUUCAGGGUAACGUGACAAAUGAACCAAUAGCAAAUGCGUCAUAUGACAACUGUCAUACCGUUUCAAACCGGGUAUCGAGAAACUGUCACGCGGGCGUGACAGACGGUCAGAUAGCUAGAUGUUUUUCAUAUGACAGAUGUCAUACUGACUUGACAGAUAUACGAGUGACAGAUGACGCGUCACUUACAAGGCGACGGGUGGUUGGUGACGCGUGUCUCUUCAAUGACAAUUGUCAGUGCGACGGUGUGACGGACCAAAUGCCAUUCGCUAUAUACGAUGGCAAGAUUGAUAUCCCGAUGCGUUUUUGAUUUGUGGCCUAUUUUAUAGGGUUUUAUGGUGGGUUAUUAUGUAGUAGACAAUUUUUUGACUUGACUUUUGUUGACAAAAGUUUUAUUGUACAACAAUAAAGACCGAAUAAACGAUAAUGUUCUCAUAUAAGUUAUUAUAUUACUAGCCCAGAUUGUGUAUGAAGUCUAUAAAUAUAAUUCACCAUUAAAAUUAUUUUCAUACAAAAGAACAUCGCAGUAUUUAUACCGGAAUGCUUGUUUAAUUUAUUUUUGUAUCGCGUUUAUGUGAUUUAAGUGAAAUUAAAUGAAUUUAAUUUGUAUUUUUUACGCUUAUUUCGAUAUUAAGUUAUUGUAAGGUCGCGUUGAAAGCUAGAAUAGUUAUGGGAAGAGCUUGUUGGAAAUUGUAAGUACCCUCAAUUUUAGGAUUGUAAAACACAUGAGUAGAAACUUGCUUAAAUUUUGUCUCAAAAAUAUAAGGAAUAUUGUCCCAAUCUGUAUUCCAUAAAAGGCCUAAGUUAUAGAAUUAUAUAUAUUUUAUUUUAAAUAUCUUUAAAAUUAUUUUAUUUAAAACACAUUCCAAUACACAUAGGUUUGUUUUAAAUAGUGUUUGUUUGGUUGUAUUUCCCGCAAGUUCUAUUCAUAUACAAAAAUGUGUCAUUUUAGUCUUUUUUAAUAAAUUACCAAGUACAGUUUUGCAUUUUUGAACGUUACGGUAAAAAUUGCCAGUGUUGAAGAAAAAAUGCCCAGUAUGUAUAUAUUUUUUUGUAAUAAUUAUACAUGACAUUUUUUUUUGUUUCGUAUAAUUUUUAUUUAUUGUAUCGUUGUGAUUGUAAAUAUAUUUCGUAAAAUAGUCAUCAAAUGUCCAUAAAUAUAGUUUUAAAGUUA